UAUCUCUCCCAACUUCGACUUUCUUCAAAUUGAAUUCUGCUUAGUACUCUUCAUUACAAUCACCUUCAAGGAUCAAGCACAAUGCGUUCGACGUACCUGCUCCUUUUUUUGGGCAUCAUAGUCCCACAAAGCUCAUGUGGAACAUCUCAGCAACCUCUAAAUGAAGGGGCCAAUCGCCAAUACUAUAUUUGCGAUGGCUGUGUUCCGAGAGAGCUGGUUCUAGCACCCGGGGUUGGAUUUGAUCUGUCGUCUCCAUACGGCACUGCAGCUAUCCGCUACUAUAAUGGAACAGUGGUUGACAUUGGCCGUGUUGAAGGAUCACCAGAGUACAAGGACUUCAUGGCCAGACUUUCAGCACCAUAUAAACAAUAUGGACCACCAUUUCGUACACCUCUUGAUCGAGUGGAAUACGAUCUCGACCAAGCAAAGCGCCGAUUACGUAGACUACAGAAACUACCAUCUACAGAAGACAUCUCGACGUUGCAUGUGAUGUUAUCAAAAAUGCGGUAUCUUGUCAUGCAGGAGCUUCAUAUGCUGCCCCGGAAAAUUGUUCUCAGCCUACCGUACAUGCCGAACUUUCAACCUGAGGACCUAGCAGAAGCAAUGGAGCUCGCAGAUUUGACUCCACUGGAGAGUUUUAGGCACUUUGGAGACAGCCUGGACAAUACGAAAGCAGCACUAGCGGGCAUGGGUACAGGUAUCUGUGAGCACUGGCAAGAUAUUCAGAAGUGUGACGAAGAGCAAGAUCGCUUCAAGAUAAAACAGACCCUCGCCUUGACGUACACUUAUGAUGAGUUAGUCGUUGAGACUUUCUUGAUGAUUAAUCCGUAUCACUUCAUACGUGUUGAACGAUCUCGAUUCCCAGAUCUAUCUUAUGGUACUUGGGAUACGGACAGAACGAAUACUACGUACUGGGACACGAUUGGUAGGAAAGUGGUUGAGACUGCCAAGAAGAGGAACACUUUGCCAUGGCCUGUUGAGGAACUGGUUCUUAUGGGUGAAUACGCAGAAGAGAAGAGAUUUCUAGACUCCAUCUGGAAAGCGCUAGGCGGCUCAAUGGAUGUCCAGAAACUGUGGGCACCGCUGCAAAGACCGAAAUUCAGUGCCGAGUUUAUCGCUGCUAGAGGGGCUGCAGAAAUGGCCAAGAGGUGGCUGGGUGAGACAUGGGGGUGCGUUGAGGGAGAUUGGUGCGAAGGAAAUCGUGAUUAACUGUGAUAGAAUCG